CCCAUGGGUAGAUAACCCAAGUUCAUGACUUUUUAUCGACUGAACAAAAAGUAAUUUCUGGACCUAAGCAUGGAUUUCUUAAGAAAAAUUACUUUAACCUCGGCUUCACUGUCAACAUUUAAAAGAUGUCUACAUAAAUCAGCUGUACGUAACUUUAUACCUAUGGUAAUAGAACAAACAAGACAUGGUGAGAGAGCUUAUGAUAUUUAUUCAAGGUUGCUUAAAGAAAGAAUUAUCUGUGUUAUGGGAGUCAUUGAUGAUGGGUUAUCGAGUGGAGUUAUAGCACAGUUAUUAUUUCUUCAAUCAGAAAGUAACAAAAAACCAAUACAUAUGUAUAUUAACAGUCCAGGUGGCUCAGUUACAGCAGGUUUAGGUAUAUAUGACACAAUGCAGUAUGUACAGCCCCCUAUAUCAACAUGGUGUGUAGGUCAGGCUUGUAGUAUGGGAUCGCUGUUAUUAUGUGCUGGAACAAAAGAUAUGAGAUAUUCAUUACCUAAUGCUAGGAUCAUGAUCCACCAACCCUCAGGACAAGCAGCGGGCCAGGCAACAGAUAUACAAAUACAGGCAGAAGAAAUAUUAAAGUUAAAGAAACAACUUAAUGGUAUAUAUGUUAAACACACCAAUCAGCCCUUAGAAACAAUACAACAAAAUAUGGAACGUGAUAGGUUUAUGAAUCCACACGAAGCCAAAGAAUAUGGAUUAAUAGAUACAGUAUUACAACAUCCACCCAGUUCAGAGGAAUUAAAUAAAUCUUGAAAUUUUAUAUUAAUAUUUUUGUUAAAUAAAUUGCAAUAUUUAAAAAUA